AUGGCGAGCGCCCUACUGCAAAGGAUGGAACGAUUCGUUGAGUUCAUCAACUCAGGUGAUGAAAUUAUAGGACAAGAGGUGGUUUCCGGAUCCGCCGUGUUCCACGUUCCGUUCUCAGAUACCCCACUGGGAGGAUUGCCUGGAUACAUGCAAAUUCUUGGCAUAAUGCGCUCGGCCUUUCCAGAUAUUCAGUGGACACUUGACGAUACAGUCAUCGAGGACAAUAGAGUUGUAGCGCAAUUUACUCUGCGUGGAACUCAAGAAGGCGAAUUCUUUGGUGCUCCGGCUUCUGGAAAGAAAAUACAGGCACGAGCUAUGAACAUCUAUCGAUUCACAGAUGGAAUGAUUGUGGAGGAGACUGGGUUGCCUGAUUUGUUUGGGAUAAUGCUGCAGAUUGGGGCCGUGAGCCUACCGGUUGCUCAUUAG